AUGUCGGCCAGUGCUAGUGCCUCGCGACGUCAAGAUCAAGAAACGAGUGAAGAAGAGCUUGUAUCUCCUUCUGAGAAGAGUCAGUCACCCACAUUUACCUCACGAAGAAGAUCCACGCGGGCAGCUGCCUUGAAGGCGAACAGGGCAAGUGCGAAACAAGCUAGAAGCGAAGAUAGUCCUGUUGAUGAGAAUGUGAAUGGGAAUGAAGAUGAAAGUGAAAGUGAAAGUGAAUAUGAAGGAAAGGAUGAGGAUGAGCGAGAAGAUACAAGAUCAGAGAUUGAUUUGGAAUCGGAGUCGGGAAAUCGAGAAGAAGGUAUUCUCUCGAAUAGCGAAGGGGAGAGGUGGUUGAAAGUUGGAGAACCAUUUCCAUGGGAAGAAGUUGAGUGGUACCUUGACGAGUCGAUCGAGGAGGAUAUGAGGACUCAUCUUGGUAAGAGGAUUGAUAAAAUGAAAGGUUCUCAAACACUUGACCCUGGACAAGCCGACCUCCUACUGAUAAAUCCUCAUCCUAAUCGUAUAAAUCAUGAUCGAUCAAAACAUCUAUGCGGACUGGGCCACGUACAAAGGAAACUCGCACGGGUGAUACCUUAUGAUUGGUUAUCGAAAUGUUAUUUCACAAAGCACGUCGAACCUCCACCCUCACCUUCUGUUCAACCUAUUUUUCUGGAGGAGAAGGGUAAGGGAUUGAGAGUGGCUGUCUUGAAAUUGGGUGAAGGGGUGGACGGCGAUAAGUUGAGGAGAAGUGUGAUGGUGGAUCUUGAAACCAACGGAGCGAUGAUAGUUUCUUCACCCAUCAAUGCGGAGGUCGUCAUCUUACCCCCUUCACACCCUUAUAACACUACACCGCCGAAACAAGAUGAGCUUAAACACAUCACCUGGCAUACGCCCGAUUGGGUUAGAGAGAAGAUCGAAAUCGCCCGCCAUGCACCGAAAUCCAAGGCGAACCCGAAGUUGUCAAAAGGUGAAUCAAAGAGCAAUGACAAAUCAAAACCAAAAAAGCGGCCGAGUCUGAAACCUGUAAAAUCAAAAUCGGCAGUCAAUAGAGGCAGAUCUAAAAGAGAUAGCAGUGGUGAAAGUGAAAGUGAUUCAGAAGACUUCGGACCUAGUCAGAGAAGGACAACUUCGAGAACCGAAUUUACACCUUCCGAUCGAGAUUUCCUAGCUCGUUGGCUAGCUUACCAUAGACCUGAUCAAGUGGGAAGAACCACGAGAAGCUUGUAUAAAAGGCUUGAACGAUACAGCCCGUCCCAUCCAUUCUUCAAGCAUGCUUCUCGUCAUCCCCAUUCGGCAUGGCACGAGCAUUUCAAGCGCAAUCGAUCGAAGUUAGGUAUGGAUGGGAAAGUGUUGGAGGAUCUGGUGGAUGAAUACGUUGACAAGGGGAUCGAUCGUCGACUCACAACCAGAAUGGAGAGGAAAGGCAAAGGGAAGGAAAAAGCUACCGCCAACAAGGUUAGGGAGAACGAGAACGAUGAGGGGUCGGAAUACGAGGAUAAUGAUGCGGCCGAGAUUCGAGCGGUUCGGAAAAAAGGAGGUGAGAAGAGGAAAAUUGUGAGAAGUGCUAGGAAAGUGACUAGUCCGACUGAAUUGAGAGAUGGAAAUGCUACGCAUAACAGUGAACGAGGACAUAGUGAGAUACCGGUGGUCAAUGAUAAUCCGGAAGAUGAAAAUGCAGAUUUGCGAGAAGAAGUGGGAGAAGAAGAUACAGACGGCCAUGGCGAUGAGCCGGAUGGUGGAAAUCAGCAUCAAGACGUCGAUCCUCUCCAAGUCGAUCAUACGAACAAUGGUGAUCAGGAUGAGGAUGAAAAUAUGAAUAAACAUGUUUUGGGUCAAGAAGAAGUUGUGGUCGCUAGUGGGAGAGAAGAUUUGGAAGUUGUUAUUGAAGCCUCGGAAGGAUCUUCCCAGACGAGCACCAAUGAAUCAAAGUUGAUGGAGAAUCCCGCAAUCGAAGGGUAUAGUGAUGCAUCGUAUAAAGGCAACGAGGCAGAGGUGGCUCAGGAUGGAAAUGAAACGGAAGGUAGAGAGAUUAAAGGACGCAACGAGGUUAAGUUCGUGAAUGUAAGGUUUUUACAGGGAGAAGGUGAGGAAGAAGCAGUGGGAACUCAGAGGAGAUCGAAGAGGUUACGAAGGGUAUGA